ACACUCAACUAGCUCCUAACUUCACAUAUAUUAUUGCAGUUUGACAAAGUUGGGUUAGAAACCAAUCUCACUUACAACAACAAAGUAGAUUUUUUUCAGUUCUAGGUGAAAACAUUAUAAAACCGUGGGUUGUUAGGCAAUGGGUAAAACAACUCAAUGUCGAAUAAAAGCUCGUUUAGAAAACGUGGAAGCAAUCAAGACCAACCACCCGGAUCAUUCAUUUUCUUUAAAACUAAAGUGUACAGGAUGUGGGGAAAUAUCCGAUAAAUGGCACGAUGUGAUCGAAUCUGAGAAGUUUCCAGGCAAGACAGGCCGAUCGAAGAAUAAUUAUAUCGCGAAAUGUAAAAUGUGUGGCCGAGAGAACAGUCUGGAUAUUGUCCCUGGUAGUAACGCCUCAUACACUAGCGAGGAUUCAGAAAAGUUUAAAGCGAUUGUCUCAUUUGAGUGUCGAGGAAUUGAGCCAGUGGAUUACCGACCAUUGGUGGGAUGGAUUGCUAAAGUAGAAGGAAGCAGCAAAGUGUUUCCUGAUGUUGACCUAAGUGAAAAAGAAUGGGUUGAAUACGAUGAAAACAUCCAGGACUCUGUGGGGGUGUACGAUUUAGAAUAUGAAUUGCGUUGAAUUGGGGAUUGAUAUGAAUAUACGAAAUUUUUCA